UCAAUGUCAAUGUCUCGGUCGGGACACCCCACUAGUGUACACGUGCAGUGGAUUGACAGACUAUGAAGUUGACGCUCUCUUUCAUGCUACUAUUUGCUUCGGCUGCACUCGGUGACUUUGAAACCAAGUGCAAGCCGGCGGCGGAUCGCGGCCCCUGCAGUGGCCGCAUCCCACUGUGGGCCUUCAACGCCACAAAAAACCGAUGCCAGCGCUUCUACUACGGAGGCUGCGACGGGAACGAGAACAAGCACUACACGAGGAAUCAAUGCGAGCUCACCUGCCUCCAACCCGAUGCUCCUAGAGAUGGCGCAAGACCUGAGGAGCUGCGAGAAUUCAGCAACGACAUUUUGCCCGUGCCAGAUGUGCCGAGUCUUAUGUGGUCCGUUCUCACAAACCCGGCCUGCCUCCUUCCACCGGACCGGGGCAUGUGUUCCGGCUACCACUAUCGCUUUUUCUAUGAAGCCGGCCUCAGAACGUGUCAAGGAUUCGUCUAUGGCGGCUGCGGCGGCAAUGCCAACAACUUCGCCAGCCUCGACCAGUGUUACGAAGCCUGCAGUCCGAGGCAACGCCUGCUACCACGUACAUAAUGCCACUGGUUGUGAUGGCAGUUUCGCGGCAUCCGAUUUUCAAAGAGAUGUUAAUAGAAUAAUAAAGCCCCCGCCAUCUGCCGCCAUGAUGCUGACUUAUUGAGAAA